AUAACCUGAGGCCUCACAGCACCACCAACUCUUCCAAGUCAGAAAACUUCAUAUCUGGGUCUACUCCCGUUCUUUGCCUUUUUCUUUUUUGGUCACGCAAUGAUCGAGUCUAACCUUCCUGGCCUGUCUUCCUUUGUAAUGAGGCAACUCUGCUGAAGUUGGAGUCCAAUGGCUGCCAAGAUCUUUGAUCUCAUGAGCAAGUUUGGCUUGGGACUGGUGGUGGCCGGUGGAGUGGUCAACUGGGCCCUUUAUAACGUGGAUGCAGGCCACAGAGCUGUCAUCUUUGACCGAUUCCGGGGCAUCCAGGACGUGGUGGUGGGAGAAGGGACCCAUUUCCUCAUCCCUUGGGUGCAGAGACCCAUUGUGUUUGACUGCCGCUCCCGCCCACGCAACAUCCCCGUAACCACCGGAAGCAAAGACCUCCAGAACGUGGACGUCACGCUCCGCUUGUUGUUCAGACCGGCUGUACUACGGCUCCCCCAGAUUUACACAACCCUUGGAGAGGACUACGACGAGCGAGUGUUGCCUUCCAUUGCGACCGAGACUCUCAAGUCCGUUGUGGCCCGUUUCGAUGCCGGGGAGUUGAUCACCCAGAGGGAGCUGGUCUCGAGGCAAGUGAGCGACGACCUCAUGGAAAGAGCCGGGACGUUCGGAAUCAUCCUAGACGAUGUUUCGUUGACCCACCUGACCUUUGGGAAGGAGUUCCUGGAGGCCGUGGAGUUGAAGCAAGUGGCCCAGCAAGAAGCAGAGCGGGCCCGGUUCGAGGUGGAAAAGGCCGAGCAGCAGAAGAGAGCUGACAUCAUUGCCGCCGAAGGAGACUCGAAGGCAGCAGAGCUCAUCGCCGAGGCCCUGGCGGUGGCCGGAGACGGUCUCAUCGAAUUGCGGAAACUGGAAGCCGCUGAAGACAUUGCAUUCCAAUUGUCACGCUCCCGCAAUGUCACCUACUUGCCAUCGGGACAGGCCGAGUUCAUCCGCCCACCCCAAUGAGUCCCUUUCCUUCUGCCACGUUUCCCCAAAAGAAUGGACUGUCUAGAAAGGGAAAUCUCGUAACUUUUCGUAACUUAAUAAAGGUCACGGCUCUCUCUCA